AUGUGGAAGUGUCCCAAAUGCGAGGCCCUCAUCGCCGACCACUACCGCUACUGCCACCAAUGCGGCCGCCAUCCCUUCGUCCGUCGGACUGAAACCACCGAAGCGCUCGACGAGCACGACGACGACGGCAGCUUCUUCGAAGGUCUUUUCACGCCGAGUUUCUGGUGGCGGAGGGUCUAG